CAUGGUUAAAAAUUAGCUUCACAGUCUUUUCCCCAAACUUUAAAACAGCAAUGGCCCGCCCAUGCUCAGGAGCAAUUUCUGGCAUUGGCGGGCCAUGACUAUGGCACCAACGCGCCUCUCAACCACAAGCACCAUUCCAUGACCAUGAGCCCCACUGCCACUCUUCCUCACUCUGGUUUCUAUGGCCUCUCAAGCUCAGCCCUUCCACUGGCACUACACCGAGCUCGACGACAAGAAUUUCCAAGUCCACGGCCGAACACUCCUCUUCACAAUCAUCAUCUUCUCUCUAUUCCUCUUGUUCACCCUCCUCUGCCUCUACGCUAAAUGGGUCUGCCGCUAUCGCCAACGAUUCGCCACCGCCACCGCCACCGCCAACGCCAACGCCAACGCCAACGCCAACGCCAACGCCAACGCCAACGCCAACGCUAACGCUGCUGCCUUCUCUACCUCCAUCCCUCAACCGACGGCGCCACCGCUUCAAUCCAUUGGCCUCGACCCGGCCACGAUCCAUAGCUUGCCAAUCUUCUUGCACCGGUCCUCGACUUCCUCGGCCGAAGAAACCCAGUGCUCUAUAUGUAUUACUACAUUUGAAGACCAAGAGAAAGUUAAGGUGUUGCCUCAAUGUCGCCAUGCUUUUCAUCCCGACUGCGUCGACAAGUGGCUCAGUACCCAGUCCAGUUGCCCACUCUGUCGAGCAUCUCUCCGAGCUGAAGCUGUUUGUACUUCUUUAUGAUUCUCUCUUUUAAUUUCGUCUGUCUGUGAAGUUGUUUAUACAUCUUCAUCCUUUUUUCUACUGCCCAAUUGAUCGCAAUGUGUAUCAGUAUAUGUUUCAUCAUCUUUCUUGUUCUGUUUACUUUAAUUCCCUCUGUGAAGUCGUUUAUAUAAUACCUCUUCUUAUUCAUUUUCAUUUGGUAGUAAAACCCAUUUGUUCUGUCUCUGUCUUUGCGUCUCUCUCUCUAAGUUGCAAGGCCUUAAAGUGUUAAGGAAUCAGUGGAGCUGGUAAUUGAUAGCAAAA